AUGAUUACUGUUCAAGAACAGCCUAUAAGAUUGGUAAAUCUUAAAUGGCAACUUGCUUCACAGAAAGGAGCUAAUGAUAGCUGCAAUAGUAGUAACGGUAGUAUCGGAAGUAUAAAUAUUUGUAACCCUAAAGGUGAAAAGAAACCUAGUAACUUCCCCUUGAGCUCCGAACUAGUACUUCUUGAUAGUAAGAAGAGUAUUAGAAGCGGCGUGAAGAAUUCACUUCUUUGGUUCCAUGCCCAGAAUAGCUACAUCGAGCAGCAUCUUGAGUUGGAAGUGAUAAAAGAUAAUGAUAACGAUAAGGAUGAAAGUGAAAAUGACAGUGAUGCCCACGAGGAAAUAGAUUUCCGUCCAUUUGCACCCAAAAAUGAAACGCUACUCUCAAGCAUGAAGAAAAAUCCCAACAGAGUAGCAGCUAUUGGUAACAACAACAAAUUACUUGGACUUGUACAAAGAAGAGUUCAGCGGAUAGUAGAAGAGAGGUUUUCACUUCCUGUUUCAAAAAGUUUCAAAAUCUGCAUUGUAAACACUGUUCUACAAGACUAUGAGACCGACGAUUUAAGUGCCAUAUACAAUAAACUAUUUCGAAAGGAAGGAAAAGAGAGAAUUAUGCAAAUAAUUGAACAGUCGUACUUUGAUAAGUACCCGCUGGAGCAACUUGAUAAUUUCUACGACGAGUUAUUUGGGUGUUUAGGGUUAGCAUCCGAACUUAACAUAUUUGCAACUAAUAAACCUUCAUUUUAUAAAUACUACACGGACAUUUGGAAACUAGAUAGAGAGGGCUUUAAGGAUUAUGACUAUCAAUGCUUUAUCAACUACUGCGAAGAGCAGCAGCAGCAGCAGUACGACUAUGAUGACGAGAAUUUCUCUCAAGAAUGGCUCCACGAAUACGUUAACCAGGGGGUGUUGAUGAAUGUAGAAAAAUUUUACUACUACUUCAACAGGAAAGUAGAGCCUUUUAAGGACAGCGAGGAGCGAGUUAUGAAGAUGAAUGAGAGUAGAAGAAACAGUAGAAGUGGGGAGCUUAGUAGAAGGAGCAGCAGCAGCAGCAGCAUCAUCAGCAGCGGUACCAACAGCAAGAGUAAUGUCAAUCAAGUUGCAAUAAUGAAGCUGUCACUAAUAAACAUUUUAAAUAGUAAAAUGUCAAGAAUCGAGGAAAACAGCACCGCAGCCAUUGAUGAGGAUGACGGAGAUGAUGAUUUUGAUGAAGAAGAUACUAGGUGUCCAGGAAAGAAUUCAGCAAGGAUAAGGAAAUUGGUUAGGUUUGAUGAAGUGCGAAGUAGUUUGGAUUUUGACCCCACUGAGCCUUCAUGUAUAGUAUUGUACGAUAGUAUUGGAAAAGACUAG